AUGUUUCAGUCAGAGAUAGCCCGCUUCAGGAAGCUGGGAGUGCAAGGCCUGCUCUUCCAGGCGCUCAACUUCCUAUCAGUAAUAGCCUCAGGCUUGAUGAUGUGGAAAGCAUUAUGUCUGGUCACCAACUCGGAAUCGCCCAUCGUCGUCGUCCUUUCGGGAUCCAUGGAGCCUGCUUUCUACCGAGGAGACAUCCUGUUUCUGUGGAACCCGGCGAAUGUGCCUUACGCUGUAGGAGAUAUCACAGUAUACAGAGUACCAGGAAGUGAAAUACCUAUCGUCCACCGAGUCAUCGAAUCGCAUAUCACCAACACCACUCAGCUGCUCCUUACCAAAGGAGAUAACAACAACGAGACAGAUACUAUGCUGUAUAACGGGAUGGAAUGGCUCGAGCGGAAACAUAUCAUUGGGAAGGUUAGAGGGUUCCUGCCAUAUGUCGGCUAUGUCACAAUAGCCAUGAACGACUUCCCCAAGUUGAAGUACGCGUUAUUAGGGGCAGUCGGGUUCUUCCUAUUAAUACAGAAAGAGCACGAGCACGCUUGA